AAACUGUCAAAAAACUUAGCGACCACCUAUAAAUUACAUUACAUUAGACAAAUUUUUAUAAUAUGAGAAAUCGACUAAAUACGACAGUGUAGUCGAAAACCUGUAUCUUGGCCACAAGAUGAAUAGUUUAAACAAAAAAUGUUUAAAUUAGACACACUUGAUGUGCUAGCGUAACUUUAAAAUUUAAAUGAAUAUUACUUUGCUGUGCAUUGUGAUCUGUUGUUUAUGUUAUUUAUUAUUAUCAACUAUCAAGCAUCAUUGUAAAACUUUAAUAAACUGCCAUGUACUCGCUUCGGCAGUACAUAUACUAAUCAACUCCUUGAUAUGUAUUAAAAGAUAAUUAAUAACUUCGUUCAACUGAAUUAAUUUUUUUUAACUUAGAUAUAGUAGAAGUUUACAUUGGUCUUUAAUGAUAUUGAAUUCUGCAAAAAAGGGAAAUGUUACAAUAAAUUUCAAUCAAAAAUAAUUAUAGUACAAUUUUCUAUCAAAAAUGUUAGCAGCAAAAGUUAACACAGAGACAGAAGAGCAAAAUCGAAUAAGAUUUCAGGUGGAACUAGAAUUUGUGCAAUGUCUUGCCAAUCCAAACUAUAUUCAUUUUUUAGCUCAAAGAGGGUAUCUUAAGGAGCAGACCUUUGUAAAUUACAUUAAAUACUUACAAUACUGGCGAGAACCUGAUUAUGCUAGAUAUCUUAAAUAUCCAAUGUGCUUGCACUUUCUAGAACUAUUACAACAUGAAGCAUUCAGGAGAGAAUGUGUUUCGGCUCAGGUGUGUAAAUUUAUGGAUGAUCAAGCUAUACUACUAUGGCAACACUACACAAGAAGAAGAACACGUACAUUGCAACCUCCAGAUGUGCCAGCACCACCAACUGCUCCCAAUUCAAACCAACAUGGCCCUCAAAGACAGCCAUAGUAAUUAUGUUAGCAUGUACAUUUAAAAGUGGUAGAAGAUGUUUUACAGCUUAGAAUAGGGUUAUAAAGGGGAGUAAAAUAUCAGAUGUUUUAUAUUAUUAACUUCUAUUAUAAAAAUAAUAAAUAAAUAUGUAAAUUUAAGAGUAAGUUAAUUUAGCACAAUAAUUGUGAAUGUAGCACUG